AUGAACAGUUUGAGAUUACUGGCAUUGAUGUAGUUACUCAUGGGGAUCGUGCUGAUUCUGGUGAUGUCAUGCAUGUACAGACUACAUGGACAUCUUUAACAUUUAACCCACUGACAGACGAAGACCAAAGUCUAAUGUGUAGGAAGCUAGAAUUGCAGAAAUUACCAGAACUUGAUGCUCUUGGAUCAUCCUCCUUCCUUGGUGAACCAUGCACGACAAAGAAGAUUAAAAUGGAUGGGAACUGUUUUUUUAGAGCAUUGUCUUUUGCAAUAUCUGGCACAGAGGAGAACCAUAGACGACUGCGACUAUUAACAGUAAAGCAUCUUCUGGAAAACUCAAGGCUCUUCUCCCCAUACCUUCGAGAUGGACAUGUCACUGUAGAAAGAUAUGUACAGUCAUCACGGAUGAAGUACUUACAUACAUGGGCCACUGAAGUAGAAAUUCUCGCAGCGUCAGACAUGCUUCAGACUGACAUCUACACCCACAGUGAUUCAUGGCUGUUGUUUUCCAAGUCUCAAGCUCAAGAGCAGAUGAACAAUUCAACUAGGGCUAUUUAUUUACAUCAUGUUUCAGGUUGUCACUAUGAUGUGGUAAUUUGUGUAAAAAAUCAGUCAUUAGAUCUUUGUACUGGAAAUUGUUUACUGUGUAGUAACCAUAGUGCUGAAGGAAUACAAAGCAUAACACAUGUCAAAUGUGAGGAAGAUGACAACAUUAUCAAAGAUGAUGCAGUUGGUUCACGAAAAGACACUGGGAACAAAUGCUUUGGGAAAGAGUUGAAGAAGAACCUACAUCGGGAACGUAUCGAGCAGAAAAGGCUUAAAACAGUGCAUGACUGUAAUGAUGUGAUAAAUAAGCCAUCCGCAGAACUUCAACACACCAAGAAGGAGCAAAACACAUAUGCUGCAAAUGUGUCAUACAGGAGACGUGUUUUGGCAGCUUAUAAGGAGAAAUAUGCCAAACUAGACCACAGGGAAUCGUCAAUCCGACAGGGCAAGCAGAGAUACAGCAAUGAUGAAUUGUACCAAAAUAGGAUUAAGGCAUACAGCAAGGCCAAAUAUUUGUCGGACACCAGGCAUAAACAGAAGGUCAAAGCGUACAGCAAGGAGAGGUAUUUAUCAGACACCAGACAUAAACAGAAGGUGAAAGCGUAUAGCAAAGAGAAGUAUUUGUCAGACACCAGGCAUAAACAGAAGGUGAAAGCGUAUAGCAAAGAGAAGUAUUUGUCCGACACCAGACAUAAACAGAAGGUGAAAGCGUAUAGCAAAGAGAAGUAUUUGUCAGACACCAGGCAUAAACAGAAGGUGAAAGCGUAUAGCAAAGAGAAGUAUUUGUCCGACACCAGACAUAAACAGAAGGUGAAAGCGUAUAGCAAAGAGAAGUAUUUGUCCGACACCAGACAUAAACAGAAGGUGAAAGCGUAUAGCAAAGAGAAGUAUUUGUCAGACACCAGGCAUAAACAGAAGGUGAAAGCGUACAGCAAGGGAAAGUAUAUGAUGGACACCAGACACAAAGAGAAGGUGAAAACAUACAGCAAGAGGAAGUAUAUGAUGGACACCAGACACAAAGAGAAGGUGAAAACAUACAGCAAGAGGAAGUAUAUGAUGGACACCAGACACAAAGAGAACGUGAAAACAUACAGCAAGAGGAAGUAUAUGAUGGACACCAGACACAAAGAGAACGUGAAAACAUACAGCAAGAGGAAAUAUAUGGAUGAUGAGUUUAGGAAAAACAGGCAAUCACAGCUGAAAAGAAAGUAUUCGGAAUCAGAGGCAUACAGGAAAGAUGUAAUAAAUAGACAGCUGGAACGCAGACGACGGAGGAUAGCAGACCUUUCUUGUAUUGAUAAUGUAACAUCUGUUUUUCACCACUUAAUAAGUGAUGCACCACACCACAUAUGUGCAGUUUGCCAUCGACGUUUUUUCAGAGGACAGGUUGUUACAUGUAAAAGGGAAUCUUACUCACAAAUAGGUCAAGUGGCUGGAAAACUUGCUGCCAAAUGUAUAUCAACAAGAUACGUUCACACAUGCUCCUCAGAUUGCAAUGUUCCCUGUAUUAUUUAUCUAUCUCCGUAUUCCAAACUCUGGAUUUGUUACACGUGCCAUAGGAAGAUCAGAUCAGGCAUUUUACCAGCUGAGGCAUCUGUUAACAGUCUACAGGUAGAAGGUGUGCCGUAUGAAUUGUCUUGUUUGAACCAACUAGAGCAACAUUUAAUAGCAAAACAUAUUCCCUUUGCUAAGGUGGCAGCCCUUCCUAGAGGUGGUCAGAGAAGUGUCCAUGGACCAGUUGUUUGUGUGCCAUCCAACAUCGACACAACAAUUUCCUCUCUUCCACGACCAGAGUCAGAUGAUCAGCUGAUAAGGGUAAAACUCAAGCGGAAAUUAUCAUAUAAAGGGCAUUAUAGAUAUCAGUUUGUAAACACUGCACGAAUUGAAAGGGCACUCGAAUAUUUGAAGGAAAAUAACCCACACUAUCAGGAUGUUAAUUUCAACAACAAUUGGGUUAACAACUUGUCAUCAGCAGGAAACGACAAAGAGAGUGAUAAUGAUAGUCUACCAGAUUUAUGCGACCAUGAACAAGCUGGCAGUAAUGAGGGCAAAAAGGCUGAUCUGGGAAAUGAUGCUGAAUACCUCCACUCAAGCCAUACAGGAGAUCAGGGGCUGAUGAUAGACAGUUGUCUGCAACCAGUUGACAUAGGACAAGAAAUACUUGAUCAGUUCGCAGAUAAUGUACUUUGUUUAGCACCGAGUGAAGGCAAUGAUCCAAUUAGACUUCUGAUGAAUGAAGAAAAUGAAGCAAAGGCAUUCCCUGUCUUGUUCCCUAAAGGAUCACCGACAUACCAUGACGAAAGAGAAAAGAAAAUAACUAUUUCACGCUAUCUGAAUACCAGGCUGAUGCAUGCAGACUGCAGAUUUGCAAAAAGUACUGAGUAUAUAUUUUAUGCUCAGUAUCUCUCAGAAGUUCAGCAGGUACUUUCAACUGUCUCUAUUGCACUGAGAAAAAGUCAUCAACCAGACACUGAACAAACGAUAAAUAAACUCACCGAUUAUGACUCCUUGAGAGAAAUCCUAAAGACUGACUCUGGAUUCAAGUUCUUAAAGCCAAUCCGAGGAACUCCAGUAUACUGGCAAUCUGCACAGAAGGAUUUAUUUGCUAUGCUGAGACAACUUGGCAUUCCAACAUGGUUUUGUUCAUUUUCUGCUGCAGAUAUGAGAUGGCCUGAGUUUAUUCAAGCACUGGUGGUGGAAGAAGGGCGUGACAUUGACAUUACUGAUAUGGAGUGGUCAGCUAAAUGUGAAUUAAUCAGAGAGAACCCUGUUAUGGCAGCACGGAUGUUUGAACAUCGAUUUCAGUGCUUUUUGAAGGAAUUUCUGCUGUCCCCUGCAAACCCUGUUGGGAAGAUAAUAGAUUACUUCUACAGGGUAGAGUUUCAACACCGUGGAUCACCACAUACUCAUUGUUUAUUUUGGGUUGAAAACGCUCCCAAACUUGACCAUAACUCAGAUGAAGAGGUGACCGCCUUCAUUGACAAGUAUGUGACAUGUGAAAUGCCACCAUCAGAUGAUGAAGUGCUGCAAGAGAUCGUGUCUUCUGUACAGAAACAUAGUAGCCUUCAUUCUAAGAGCUGUCGAAAAAAAGGUACGAACUGCAGGUUUAACUUUCCAAGACCACCAAGUAAGUACACAUUCAUCUCUAGGCCAAGCUCUUCAGAUGUUCACAACAAUGAUUGUAAUGAAGCAUCGAUAGAAAGGGAGAUGAAUUGUGAAGAAGCUAAGCGAAUCCUUGAAGCGUUGUGGGAGGCUCUCUCAAAUCAAGAACAUGCUUUUGGGAACACAGAAGAUUUGUUCACUGCUGUUGGAAUAAACCAAGAUCAGUUCCAGGAAGCAUACACGAUGCUGUCAAAGCGGGCUAGUGUUGUGCUCAGACGAGGCCUGGAUGAUGUAUGGUUGAAUCAGUACAAUCCUGACCUUCUGCGUGCAUGGAAUGGGAAUAUGGAUAUUCAGUUUGUGCUCGAUGCUUACUCUUGCAUUGUAUACAUUAUAUCAUAUAUUUCUAAGUCAGAAAGAGAAAUGGGUCUUCUUCUGGAACAGGCAAGAAAGGAAACUUUGAAUGGAAAUGAAGACACUAAACAAGCAUUGAAGAAACUUGGAGCAGUUUAUCUUCAGAGUAGGGAAGUAAGUGCUCAAGAGGCCGUGUUUCGAGUCUGUAACCUGCACUUGAAGGAAUGUUCAAGACUUGUUCAGUUUAUUCCUGUUGGUGAUGCCAUAAAGAUGAGUCUGCCCCUGAAUGUGAUCCAAAACAAGCUCAGUGGUGGGGAUUUAAAUGUAGACGAUGUGUGGAUGACAAGCAUAAUUGACCGUUACAAGAACAGACCAGAUGGUGAUGAAUUUGAAGCUAUGUGCUUGGCAACAUUUUGUUCCGAAUUCCGAGUUCUGCCGAAGACAGAGAAAAUUUCCAGUAAAGCUCAAAAGGAGGGAUUGGUACAUAAACUGAGCGGUAACAUGGGGUACAUUCGUAGAAGAACACGAACCAAACCAGCUGUGGUAAGAUAUCCAAGGUUUUCACCAGAGAAUCAAUCAGAGAAAUAUUUCCAGAGCAUUUUACAACUGUUUUUGCCAUACAGAACAGACUCGCAGCUGAAACCUGAUGGGUUUAAUUCGUUUGAAUACUUUUUUGAGACUGGUGCUGUAAGUUUGCUGAAUAACACUAGUGUUGAGCUUGUCAAGGACAUAGUUAACAGAAACAAGGCAUCAUUUGAAACAGAUGCUGAUCAAAUCACCAGAGCAGCGGAAAUUCUUGAAAUGGGUGGUCACUUAGAAGAUGCAUGGGCACAGAUGUAUCCUGAAACUGAAGCAGAAAGGAUUUCUUGUUUUGAAGAAAUUGAAGAGCUUGACAAGGUCCCUUGUGAGGCAAAAGACAUACCAGAUUUAGUACAGAAUCAGAAGUCUGAUUACACUAUUGAGCCUCAACAGGGAGUUCUAUCCGGGAGUGAAGCAAAAGAUCUUCUGCGAUCACUGAAUGAACGACAACUGGAGGUCUUCUACAAAGUUCGGAAGUGGUGUUUAGAGAAACUCAAUGAUCUGGAGACAGAACCUUUCUAUCUUUUCAUCACGGGAGGUGCAGGAACUGGCAAAACCCAUUUGAUUAGGUCUUUGCAUUUUGAAGCCAACAGGCUUUUAGCACGGUGUUUGUCAAAGCCAGAUGACACAUCAGUUUUAAUAACAGCUCCGACAGGUGUUGCAGCUUUUAACAUUAGUGCUUCAACCAUUCACAGUACGUUUAGUAUUCCUGUAGAUGUAAAAUUACCCUAUCAGCCAUUGGGAGAAGAAAAACUAAACACGUUACGUUCAAAGUAUAACAGCCUUCAAAUUUUAAUUAUAGAUGAAAUCUCUAUGGUGGAUCAUAAGUUACUUGCUUACAUCCAUGGAAGGUUACGACAGAUCAAGCAGUGUAAAGAUUACUCUCCAUUUGGAAAGGUGUCUGUGAUUGCUGUUGGAGAUUUCUAUCAAUUGCCACCAGUAAAGGGGAAGCCUUUAUACAAAGAUGACAUUGGAUUUAAUCUCUGGUCUGAGUUCAAAAUAGUGGAACUAACUGAAGUGAUGAGACAAAAAGAUCAAAGCUUUGCAAAUAUGUUAAACCGUCUUCGUAUCCGUAAAAAGACUGAGAGAAUCACAGCUUCGGAUAUUUGUAUGUUGACUAAGCGCGAGAACGGAGAUGAAGAAGGUGAUAUUCAUAUAUUUGCAACAAAUCAACAAGUUGCAGAAUUCAAUCUCUCUAAAUUGUCUCAAAGUGAAGAGGAAAUUUUUGCUUUUGAUGCUCAAGACUUUGAGAAGGAUCAAAGGACUGGAAAACUUCAGAAAAGAGACAAUCAGUUCAUAAGUACGGUGUAUUCUAAUUUGCCCAGAAAACUGUCUUUAACAGUAGGAGCUCGAGUGUUACUUAUGAAAAACAUUGAUGUUUCUGAUGGUCUUGUGAAUGGUGUCUUUGGCACAGUCUCACAUAUUCCAUGUCCAGCAAGAGGUGAAGAUGUACCAAAUGUGAUUUAUGUUGUGUUUGACAGUGACAGAGUUGGUAUUAAGAUGAGGAGAGAAAGUCAAAUCCCUGAUUGUGUACCAUCCAGCAGUACACCAAUUCACCGGGUAGAAGAUAGAAAACUUGGCUGUCUUCUGAUGAGUCAAGAGAAGGACGAUACCUAGAGGGAUACACAUUUAACCAUAAGACCAGAUCUCAAAGCUAUGAUCAAAGCGAUCCAUUGUUCAAGGAGUUAAAACAACAAGCACAUGGAGGGGUUGGCAUUUUCCACAAAUCUGAUAUGAAAUGUGAAAUGUUGGAUCUCG